CCAGAUGGGGACCCUGGGACAAAAUCUUAUCAAAUGGGGGUCUGUGGUCUAGUUUGUCAAUUGGACGCUUCUGCAUCUGGACUGAGUGCUUUCUGCAAGCUUGAUGAGCUGUACGGCACCUGGCGUAAACCUGCCUCCCUGAAGACUGGAUACAACCUGCCAAUGCACAAGAUGACCAACACAGAUCUGAGCAGGAUUCUGAAGAGCGAGGAGAUCCAGAAAGCACUUCGCACACCUAACAAGAAGAUCAACCGCAGAGUCCUGAAGAAGAAUCCUCUGAAGACCUUGAAGAUAAUGCUCAAACUCAACCUAUACACCAAGACAAUCAAGGCCAAGAUGCUGAGACCCAAGAAGAAGCCCAGCAAAAAGGGAGCACCUGCAAAACCCAAGGCAUAAAUCUAUAAAUAGACUGGAGUUCAAUGAUGAAUAAAUCAGUGGUUUCAAA